AUGAAGCCAGUGCAGGAUGUAGCGCUGCCUUCGUGUGGGCUUCGAGGGAUGGCAGUUUCUAUCUACAUGCGGGUAGAAUACGUGGACCGCCGUGGGUACGGCUGCCCAGUGGCAGGCAUAGAACUACGCAGAGGGACAGCACGACCUACUGAGAAGGAAAAGGAUAUUUAUGAACGCUUGGAUGGGUACGCAGUCGUGGCGGGACUGGCUGACGUGGGGUCUGGGAGGUAG